AUGGAUCCCAUUGACUUUGAAACAGCAUGGAAGUCAUUGAUGAAGGAUCACAAUCUGCAAGAUAAACAAUGGUUUAAAGACAUGUAUCGUAGACGGACUUCAUGGAUACUUGCUUAUUUUAAGGACAUGCCAAUGCAUAGACUGAUGAAAACGACUACCAGAACUGAAAGUGCGAAUUCGUUUUUUAAUAAGUACUCGCAUCAUGGGAAUUUCCUUUUGUAUUUCAUGGAGAUAUACAAAGGAGCAUGGAAUUGUUCAAUUGAUAGUGUAGAAAAUAUUAAUGGGUGGCAAGUAGUAAUGAUUACACAUUUGGACAAAAGAAGACAAGUGAAGACAAAGUGUAAGGUGGAACUAAAGUUGCCAGAAAAGGAAGUAAAAUGUACAUGCGAACUCUUUAAGCGAAUGGGUAUUUUGUGUCGACAUGCGUUUGCAGUUCUGAAGAAUAAUCACAUUGAGGAGAUACCCAAGCAAUAUAUUCUGUGGAGGUGGAGAAGGGAUAUCAUUUCUAGCCAUUUGUUGGUCAGUAAGAAUGGGCUUGCUGAAAUGGAAGAUGAAACUUUUAAAUUUUUAACCGAAGCAUAUAGUAACAUGGAGUACUGUCUGGAGCGUCUUCAGAAUGAUAAGGAAAAAUUAGAAGAUUUUGUGAAGACAACACGUACGAUGAGGAGGGUGUUUGAGCAAGAUCCGGUUAACACUAUUGCAUUGGAUGAAAGUGAUGAAGCUGUGUGUAGGCUCUUUGGGGUUAGUAUUCCAGAACACGUUGAUGUUAAUGUCCCACAAGUGAUACAUAAUAAAGGGAGUGGGACUAAGAAAUGGAUGGUUAGUGCAGCAGAGAGUACAGCUGCAUCUUCAAAAAGUGGUUCACAAAAGUGGACAGGAUGCAACUUAUAUGUGAAUCAUAAUUAG